CCCCGCCUGCCAGGUGAAUGGAGCAAUGCCGCUGAGCCGGCCCGUGUUUCAGCUGCAGAAGCUCCUAGGACAGGCGGGCAGGUCCCUGGGGCUGGCACGAGUCAGCAGCACCCCGGCGCCGGGCAGCAUGGACAGAGGAAACGUCAUUUCCCACAAGGACAUGAAAGCGCUGGUCGACAGCGGGAAUGCUCGGAUUAUCGACGUGCGGUUGCCGGGGGAGGUGGCGAACGGCCAUAUCGCCAACUCGGUCAAUAUUCCAGUGACAGAAGUCGAGGAAGCCCUGAAGAUGGACCCUGAGACAUUUAAGAUGAAGUAUGGCGUGGACAAGCCACGGAUGGAUGACAAGAACUUGAUCUUCCACUGUCAGAUGGGCAGGAGAGGGGCUCAGGCCACAGAGAUCGCCAUGACCCUCGGCUACGCCAAGGCCCGUAACUAUGCAGGCGGCUACAAGGAAUGGUCUGAGAAGGAAGGGAAGUGAAGUGGGAAUGACUCCGCGAGGGCUGGUGUCUGUCCCUCCACGCCCAGCAGCUGGCUUUGCCCUGAGGACUCUUCCUUCGCUUCCUUGCUGCAACGUCGUCCCAUUGCUGCUGAUGCCCGGUGCUGGGAUGGGAACGCUCUGGGCCCUGGUGGGCUCUUGGCUAACGCACCUGUCUGAGAAGCUGCCACUCUGCUUUCUGCCUCACCUUCCAGCCCAGUGUCUCACCUGCUCCAAAUGUAGUCACUCCUCCUGCCCCCGAUAGCAGCUGGGGGGUUCAGGCACUUUAUUGGGGGUGGGGAGAUAUCUGCACUCCCCCAUUCACUCCAUCUCCCCCACCUCCCCUGGGAAUCUGGGACCCCAUCCAUUUGCUCUUCAGCUCUCAAGGAGGUAGAUUUGAUGGUCAUUUUGCUACCCCACCUCAUUCUCCAGCUGAAUCUGCCGCUUCCAGCUGUAGCCUGCUAUUUCUAUAACAUGCUGGGUGCCCCUCAGCCACCUCUGCACGGGUGAUUUUCUCUGCAGCCACUCCUGGAAAAGAGAGCUCUCUAGCAUUUCCUCCGAUGUAGUACAGGGCGUACUGAUAAGGGGUGGGACGUCUGUGAUGGCAGCAAGGCAAUAGUGGAAUUUGCUCAGGGUCAGCCAGGUUUCAUAUUCUACUAAACAAGUCUUUGUACGGAUCUGUGUUUCUCAGCCUCUUCACUGGGUGAGCCCUUAUUCACAUUAAAAAAAUUGCACAAC